AUGCCCGAACCACUUGAAUCAAUCGACGGCGGCGCGCCCUGGUACCAUUGUUCCGAACAAAUGGUCCUGGGCGAAGGCCCAAUCUACCGAGCAAGCGACUCAACCCUCCACUGGGUAGAUUGUCUAUCCGAGCCACCCAAGUUCUUCAUUCUGAAAGUAGACCCUGAAACCGGCGACGCGAUCGGAGAGGCCAAAGUUCUCGACUUGGAAGACAGCGUGACGGUCGCUUUCUUCCGCAAGGACCAACCUGGCAGUUACAUCGCCGCGUACUACCAAGGCGUAUGUUUCCUCGAUGAGGCAACUGGCAAGUUUGAAGUCGUCAAGGAGAUCAUCCCCACCGAUCAAAGGGAAGAGCUCCGUUUCAACGACGGCGGCAUUGACGCUAAGGGCCGGUUCUGGCUGGCUGAGAUCGAUAAGCGGGCGAUGGCUUUCGGGCCGAAUCAGCUGCCGGCUAGUUAUGGGACGCCGAGAGGUCGGCUGUGGAGGUAUGAUCCGGAUGGAAGCUUGCAUCUUAUGAUUCCGGAUGGGAUUGUUUGUGGGAAUGGGCUUGCGUGGAGUCCUGAUAAUAAGACGAUGUAUUUCAACGAUUCGGUCGCGAUGAUGGUCUUUGCGUUUGACUUCGACUUGGAGACGGGUGACAUCUCGAAUAAACGUCUUCUUGUUGAUCGGCGUUCGUCGUAUGGCGAGCCGGAUGGGAUGGUUGUCGACACCGAGGGAAAUUUGUGGAUUGCUGUAUUUGCGUCGCAUCGUAUCAUGGUCUUCAGUCCAGAGGGUGAACACCUGAAAGAUAUUGUGGUAACAGCGAAGAAUCCAGCCUGCACGACAUGGGGAGGAAAGAAUCACGAUAUCAUCUUCAUGGCGAGUGGAAAGGAUCGGACUCCAAACCCAGAUCCAAAUGAUGAGGGCGGGCAUAUGUUCAAGUAUCAUCCUCAGGGUGCUGUGGGAUUUCCAAAAUUUGAGUUCGCAGGAUAG